UCUGCAGGAGCGUUUGAACGUCACACCCAAACUGCAUCUGAUCAACUGCUCUGCUUCUCCUCUUCAGUGUCGAAGUGAAAAGAAAAGAUGGGGAAAAUAAACGGAUGCCUCAAGUGCCUUUUUAUCUUCUUUAAUGUGCUGUUUCUAAUCAUCGGAUGUGUGCUGAUAUACGUGGCAGUGCAGGCCACUGCUGUUUCUAUCCAGAUGUCGACAUUCGGAGGCCCGGGCGUGGGCUGGAUCUGGGUCAUCACCCUCGGCGUCUUCGGCAUCUCCGCUCUGGGAAUCUUCGCCGCCUGCUCAGAGAAGGAGCUUUUCCUCAAAAUCUUUGCAGGUUUCAUGGGGAUUGGGAUGAUCAUCAUGCUGAUCUUUGGGACUGUUGUGGCUGUUUUGAGAAACUCGCUGAAACAAAACUUUGACAGUAAAGCCAAAGAAUAUGUCGAGCCUCUCAUGAAAGACGAAGAGUCGCGGCAAAAGCUGGAGGAAUUCCAACUGACAUUCCAGUGCUGCGGCGUGGUGAGCGCCGAGGACUGGGGCAGAAAAAUCCCAGCCUCCUGUCAAUGCAGCAACACCAACGGACUCUUCAGACCCUGUAAAUCCAAACCUGCGGGAUCUUCAGGACCGGAUCUGAUCCACUCUGAGUCCUGCAGCGGCAGCAUCUUUUACUUAGUGGACAUUAUAUUCAAGGUCUGCCUGGGCUUCCUGUUUGGAUUCGCUGUCACUGCACUGUUGGGCCUGCUGAUCUCCAUCCUGAUGAUCCAUCAGGUCAGACGUCACGACGGCAUGGGAGGGCCGUCCAUCGCCAUGAAGGGCUACUGAAGCUAACCUGACCGUUAGCCUCUGAAAUGUAACCCGGGACUCAGAGUCGGUUUUUAUCAUUUAACUCAUCCUGGGAGGAAACGUUUCCUCUUUGUUUGUAUCACUGAUUUUUGUAUGAACAUUUAUUUUUUUACAUCUUUAUGUUUUGUUGCUGAAUUGUAUUAAUCUGUGAAACGCAGAAAAAAUCUGAAUAUUUCCAUCAUCAUCCGCAGCUGGGAGAUGAAAACAUUUAAAUUCAAGAAUUAUUUAGAGAAACUACGACCGUGGGAUUAAUGUUUUAUGCAUUUUGGGGCCUGAAACUUGCAAACAACUUUUUAUAAGUUGGCAAAACAAUCACUAAAGCAGAUUAUAUAAAAUCUUCAGUCAUUUUGAUGGAAUAAUUUUCACAACAUAAUGACUUUAAAAGUACCAGUAACAUUUUUACAUCUAUUUUCUUAUUAGUUUGUUGGAAAUAAUGUCUUUUUUUAUUAUUUUCUUACAUCAUUUUUCAGAAAUUUCUACAAAAUCUAUCCACCCUUUGUGCAAAAUUCUUUACUUUAAAACCUAAAAAUCUAAAUAAAGUGGUGGUUGUUAAAAAAUGACAACAAAUUUCCAACAGUAAAAAUGAAAUAUUAUUUUUAUUUUAAAAUCAUUUGUGGCCUUUUGGGUCGUUUUGCUGGAUGUUCACCUGAUAAAAACGAGACAAAUCUGUUUAAGCUUUAAAGUUUUACUAAUUAUGUAAAUGGAUGUUUUAAACUCGUUAUGAAACCAAACAUUUCCACUAUAUUCUGUAAAAGUAUUGCACUUUUUAAAAAAAAUAAAAGCAACAUUUCCACAA